AUGAAGAUCCAACUAAUUGCGCUCGUUUGCAGCGCGCUCGCUUUGACUGAGGCCCAAAACUAUCCCCCGCGUCUCAGCAUUCCCGGAGCGGUGGCUUCACCUGGCCCAGUGCCACACCGACAGCCUGUGUUGCGAGUCCGCCGACCGGGAGCUUCAUUGCGCCAGCAGAAUAACAUACUUCCAGCGGUGACGCAGCGCAUCGCCAUCGAGGAGCCGCGUCCUGUGACGGAGUCGGCGGAGGAUGAGCAGCCGGAGCCAUACCUGCCGAAUCUUCUGCGGGAACAGCAGUUGGCCCAGGCUCAGCAGUCGCAGUUCCAGCAGGCAGCCGCCGCCUUCCUGGCCGGCCAACAACCCGUAGAACAACCCUCGCCGGUGCAGCAGUUCCUCCAGUCCGAUGACUCCCAGCCGGCUGCCAUCCUGCCUCCUCCUUCUCGGUUCCCCGCCGAACGUCCUUCGAUACCAACGCCCUUGAACCGUCCCGCCGCCUUCAAUGACUUUGGCAUCGGUCGGUUUGAGAGCUCGCAGAGAUUCGGCUUGGAGCGACCAACGCCCACUGCAGCAGCACCGCCACCACCGCCUCAACAGCCCCAGCGGGUGGCUGUGAUUCGAACGAGACCAGCGUCAGCCGCUGUCCUACGACCUGAGCCACCAGCACCACAGCCUGUGGCCAGGCCACGCCCUAAGCCCGUCCAACCGCGUCCCAUCAUUGAUCAAAAUCAACUACAGGACGAUCACGUUGACCAGCAGCAGCAGCGCCGCCGCCAGCCCGUUUCCCAGACCAUUCGCAAGUGGCGUGAGGAAAACGAGGACGGAAGCAUUACAUGGGGCUAUGAGAACGACGACGGAUCCUUCAAGGAGGAGCUGAUCGGCACCGAUUGCAUAACCAAGGGCACCUAUGGCUACGUUGAUCCAGAUGGCAACAAACGUGAGUACCACUACGAGACAGGAAUCAAGUGCGAUCCUAACAACCGCAACAACGAGGAGGAGUUACAAGAGAACGGGUUCGUGAACUACGAAGAGAAUCGCGCCGUGCUGCCCAAUGGUCUGGAGAUCGACAUGACGCAAUUAGGCAAGAAGAAGUCGAAGCGCCCAAACGGCAUUUACAGGAACUGA